AGAUCGAUAAUGUUACAAUUACGACUAAUAGCUGGCCUACGGAACGCGUCAAACACUAUCAGAUCGCAGGCAGUUUACCGCAGUUUCUCGUCACUGACAAAAUCACCAGCACUCAUCAGAAAUGCCACACAGAUUCUUAGUAAAAAUAAGAGAGCAGUUGUUCAAGUAUUCACAAGGACAUGCUUUCACCCGGGAGCCAGUAGUCAAGUACCUUUACAGGCGUCCGGACAACUAAGCGGUUAUCAAUUAGUACAGCGACUUUUGAAAUUUGUUUGGCCAAAGGAUAAACCAGAAAUAAAACGACGAGUUUUAGUUGCACUUUGCCUUCUGAUAGCUGCAAAAUUGGCGAAUGUUUCUGUUCCAUUUCUACUUCGUGAUAUUGUUAAUUAUUAUAAUGGAAAAGCUCCCGAAUUUCUGAAAUUAACAUUUGACGGGACGCCUUCACAGACUAUUUUUACUGCUGGAAUUGCCACGUGUAUUGCUUACGGCAUCGCCCGUGCCACCGCCUCCCUAUUCAACGAGCUCCGCAACGCAGUCUUCGCAAAAGUCGCGCAAAACUCUAUCCGAAGCAUUUCCCGAUCGAUUUUCCUCCAUCUUCACUCUCUGGAUCUCUCGUUCCACUUGAACCGUCAAACUGGAGCUCUCUCAAAAGCAAUCGAUAGAGGAACACGUGGAAUGAGCUUUGUGCUCUCUUCACUGAUAUUUAAUUUAAUUCCGACAGCCGUAGAAAUUGGAAUGGUUUCAGCAUUAUUUACGGGAACUCUCGGACCAGAAUUCGCCUAUAUGACAAUGGGAAGUAUUGGAAUGUAUGGAAUUGCGACACUUGGUGUCACGAAAUGGAGAACCAAAUUUCGACAUCAAAUGAAUCAGGCGGAUAAUGAUGCUGGAAAUAAGGCUAUCGAUUCGCUUAUCAACUAUGAAACUGUCAAAUAUUUCAAUAAUGAGAAAUUUGAAGCGGAUCGAUAUGAUCAUUUUUUGAAGAAAUAUGAAGGAGCCUCUUUGAAGACGACUUCAUCGUUGGCUCUGCUCAAUUUCACUCAGAAUGCCAUUUUUUCAGGAGCUCUAAUCGGUGUAAUGUGCAUGGCAGGAACACGAAUCGCGGCUGGCGACUUAACAAUCGGAGAUCUCAUUCUCGCGAAUACUCUUCUCUUCCAGUUAUCAAUUCCACUCAACUUUUUGGGUUCAGUAUAUCGAGAAGUUCGUCAAGGACUUGUAGAUAUGAAUCAAAUGUUCUCACUUUUGACGUUAAAACCAAAAAUCGUGGAGGCUGCCGACGCGAAACGGCUCGAAAUUGUCGAUAACGAUAUUAGUUUGAAAUUUGAAAAUGUGCAUUUUGGAUAUCUCCCCGAAAAGCCGAUUUUAAAGGGAUUAGAUUUGGAAAUUCCGGUCGGAAAAAAAGUUGCAAUCGUCGGUGGAAGUGGUUCGGGAAAAUCGACAAUUGUUCGGCUUCUCUAUAGACUUUAUGACACAGAAAGUGGAAAUGUACGAAUUAAUGGACUAGAAACUCGAGAUUUAACACUGGAUUCACUCCGGCAAAGUAUUAGUAUUGUUCCACAGGAUUCCGUACUUUUCCAUGAUACAAUUUUCUAUAAUUUGGCGUAUGGAAGGCCGUCAGCGUCGAUGGAAGAGGUUUAUCAGGCGGCUAAGCUUGCGGAUCUACACGAAUCUGUACUUGCUAUGCCUAAUGGUUACGAGACGCUUGUCGGUGAGAGAGGACUAAAAUUGUCUGGAGGAGAGAAGCAGAGAGUUGCAAUUGCUCGAGCAAUUCUUAAAAAUGCUCCAUUUGUUAUUUACGAUGAAGCCACAUCUUCACUGGAUGCAAUCACUGAAUCAAAUAUUAUGAAAGCGUUAAAAGGAGCCGUCGAAAAACGAACAUCUCUUUUUAUUGCACAUCGUCUGGCGACAAUUGUCGAUGCUGAUAUUAUUUAUGUGCUUCAAGAUGGAAAAGUCGCUGAAAAAGGAUCACAUUUUGAUCUUUUAGCGGUGGACGGGCUCUAUGCACAACUGUGGAAGUCACAGAAUAUUCAUGGAGUUGCGCCAAAAAAGUCGAAAGAAGAGGACGACGAUCUGAUGCUUGAACUGGAUCUUGACAAGUGUUGCGGAAGUUCCAGCUGCAAUCGAUAAAUCAAUUUUCUAACAUUUUUUUUUCUUUUUAUUUUCUAGGAUUCCAUUUAUUUUUUUUUAUUUUUUUGAUUUGUUAAGUUAAAUUUUCCUUUUUUUUUGCAUUUUUUUCCCCUAAAAACACUUUUUUUAUAAAAUUUUUUUUUCUAGGAUCGGGUGUGAAAAUCUGUGUUCUUUGUUCUUUGUUCUUUGUUUUUUGCUGUAAUUAGAUCGUUUUCUAGAUAAUUUCUUUUUCUCAGUUCCCCCCGUUUUCUUAGGUUCCCUCAUCACUGUUGCUCAUGUCUUGUCCCCAAAAAAAAUACUUGUUUCAAUUUUUUUUCUUCAAAAUUUCUCGAUUUUCCAUUUUUUUUUUCUCAAAAAA